GUUUUUCGUUACCCAAAAUAUCCACAACCAAGACAGUUCAUCAUGCCCGAGACCCCCGUGACGGUGCGCGUGCGGAAGAGCAUCAACGAAGCGUACCCUACGCCGUCGCCGCGCACGCGGCCCCACAGCCGCAACUCGUGCUCGCAGGUCACGAUUCCAGAGAUCGAGACCAACGCGUUGGGCGACGUUGUGACCGAAGACCUCGCGCGACUCUACUCGCUCGAGAGCAGGGAGCUGCGCUUUGGCGACACGAUUGAGCUCCACGCCAUGUCGGCCUUUGAGAAGGCGACUAAGGAUGCGCCCAUUGGCUUCAUGCGCUGGUCGACGUCCUCGGACGCCAAGCACAUGCAGAACGUCCUUGUCGUGCCACCCGUCGACUCGGCGCUCUUCUCCGUCGCCCGCUUUGUCAUCAUGCCGACGCGUGACGACGCCAAGAGCAAGCUGCACAAGACCACGUUGCGCUACGACGAUGAAUUCGUGCUCGAGCUCUCGCCGCAAACCGCCGCCGAGUGCACCAACACGCGGCCUCCGAAAGCCAAAUAUUCGCUCAACAACAAGACGCCGUCAACGAACGACUUUAUCUCGGCGCAGCCGCGCCAAUUCAGGGUCGCGGACGAGACGCACGUUGGCAGCAAGGGCGAGCUGCAUGUGGUCUUGCGCAAAGAGAGCAGCAUUGCCGACAUGCCUGUCCAAGACGGCGACAUGCAAGUGACGCUGCAUGUGACCAACUCGAAUCGCCAUCGGACGUCGCUCAACAACAACGUGGUGCAAUUCGCCCUUGACACGGGCACGUCCGGCGCGUACUUGGGCUGCGACCGCAAGAAAAGUCUCUUUGGCUUUGCGAAUUCGCGGCCAAGUACCAAACCGAUCGUGUUUCGCCUGGCCAAGGUCAAGACUUUUUCCUAACUUUUGGUAUUGAUUUGUCGAUUUUUUUUCGAUUU